AUGUCUCAAUCAUCUUUUGUUCCUUCACUGGUCUGGGUGGAUGGUGAUCAGACCCAAUCAUCGAAGGCAAACAUCCGCAGCCAUAUUGUGAGAGAAGGCUAUCGGAAAAAGAAGCUCCAACGAAGAGCAAGACUCUCAACUGUGACCACGCAAGAGGAGGUGCUCUUGCCUGGAGAGGGUAGCAAGGCCAGUGAUUUCAAUUCGCAAGUAUUCAAGCCGGUCGAGACGUAUCCGCUGCCAGCCUGGGUGUCUUUCAAGCUCCAGGACAGCCUCUCAACAUAUCAACGCGAUCUUUUCAACUGCCUACCACUGCGUCUCGACCCUGUUGGUCAAUCUGAGCUAUAUAGGCAGAUGUUCAACGGCUUCACUGUCGCCACGAAGAGGUAUAAUAAUUAUCGUUACCGAUUCACGAAGAAAUACGGCUGCGAUCCUUGGCAGCUAACAGCUGAACUCGCUUUCCAGGAGCCACUCGCAUUUCGAGUAUUGGCAGCGUAUGCCAUACGAGCAGCGGCAGCAAUCCGAAUGGGCAAGGGCCGCAUCUGUAGCGCUGAUACGGAUGAAUUGGAACUCGUCACCCUGCACGCAGACAUCAUCGGAACCAUCGUCAAGCGCCUGAAAUCACCCGAGAGACAACCAGAGGAGAUUCUCAAUGCCUUGUUGAGCCUGAUUGCCCGGACUGCCACUGCCAACCUGCCAGCAUGGAAGAAGACGUACGCUUCCCACUUCCGUGGAUUUCGAUCGUUGUUCUUCCUGCGGCCGAACCCAUGGCAAAUCGAAAGUCGGGCUUUCGAACUGCGUCUCAUCAUAUUUGAAACCUGCUACAGUGAUGGUUGCUGGAGCUUUGUAUGUCCACCAGCCGACUUUUCCACUCGACUGUCGGAGUUCACGAAAUCUAUGGAAAGCUUGGAGAUAUUCGUGGUCAUGAGGUCCAGAAGUGACAAGAUAUCGGGUAAGGGAGACCGAGCGCCCACGUCGUCGCAGCAAUACGGCCGCAUAAACAGGAACAGUCUCAUAUUUAGGUUCCUGUCUAAAGACGUCCCGAUGGUAAGGGUUGUGAAUGGCUUCCAUGAUGAGUCUCUUGCACAGAUGUCAGUGUUGCUGUUGCUCGCGAUGACGCUGCUCGAGUAUUCGGGAGACCGACGCAGGACCAAAGCCUUUCUCACUUACCUAGAGUCAGAGGUACGGGAUCGUGGCUUGGAGUAUAAUGAAUCGCAAUGGUGUCUGUUCUGGGUCAUGUUUCUUACUCGUGACCCGCCCAUCUACACAUACAGUCAAGAGCGAGUGUGGAAAGUGUUACGUUACAUGAACGUUGUCAAAGCCAUCAGUGUGAGCCAAAGGGCACGAUUGAAAGCAUUUCUUCUCCAUGCAAUUGGUGCCGAGGCCGAAAAUGAGACUUCCGGAUCAUUUGAGGCCAUGUCAGCCGCAGCAAACUUUGAUAUUCAGAGUUUGGUCGCAGAGCUUCAAGCGGGCCCCUUUGCAUGUCACAUGUGUGGUAGCAGCGCAAUCUUUGAGGGUGCUCACCUUCAUGACUCUGUUUGCAACGAUCCAUACUGCCACAGCUGCCCGUGCCCCGGGAAACGAAAGGCAGCUCAUAGUAAUUCAAACCAGGCAAAAUUGUGA